GUCAAUGACGUCGCAUUGCCUCUCAUUUUUUUUAAAAAAAAAAAUCCUUUUCUCCUCAUCGGUGUCGUACACCGAGAGGGCAAAACCCCCAACAGACGAACCGCACGGCACUGCUAUAUUCUCUUUGGUUACCGUACCUAUUCUCUCUCUCUGUCUAUCUGGUUCUACUGUGAGGAAUGAGGCUCAAGAGUUGGAAUGAUGACGUUACCGUGUUACCAUUUCUCUCUUUCUUGUUAAUGCUGUGUCUUGAUGUUUUUUGCCUUCUACCUACUCCUGCCCACCUACCCGGUAGGCAGUCUUCGUUACCAGGGCAUGAUAUGUGGCUAAUAUACACUACCUCCUCUAUACCACACGCCGCCUCAAAGUCAUCUCUCGAAUCGAGAUACCAAGAUUGGCCAGCCUCAAACAUGUCCGUGGGUAGCGUAACUGCCGAAAGGGGGGGGCUUAGCUACCCAAGAGCCCACAGAAAGGAACACGCAACUGCCGGGCUCCAUAGAUUCUCGAACUUGUCUAUUUAUACUUACACUUACCUAGGUGGACACUUACUAAGGUAGCCAAGUAGGUAGACGGGUAGACGUUUGGUUUUCAUUAGAGAAAAGCGGCAGAAUCUAUUUCCGGUAGGUAUUCGGCUAAGGCACUUGGGAAUACCCACCUACGUGGUUGAGCGUUUGCG